CCACCCCAUCGCCUGCACUUCCAGGCUCAGCCGCACUCCUCAAGCCCAUCUCUCCAUCUCCGCCCUCUCUCUCCGCCGCUCAACGCUUCGCUGCCAAUAUGUCUGACGGAGCGCCUCAGCACGACCUCUCCCUCCUUCUCGCCGAAGCAGCUCCUGCGGUCACGGCAAGUCUGGUGCAGCACGCUCUUGGCACGACGGACGUGGUACUUGUGUCCCGCGAUCACGAAGAUGACGUCGCACGCUACGGCAUCGACGUGCACGAGAUCGUGCUGCGCCGGCACGAAUUUUUUGUCAGCGCGCUGGAUGGUGGCUAUUCUGAAGGCGCCACCUUUGUCGAUGCUCAGGCAUCCACGCGCAAGCGCAAGCUGCCCGACACUUUCAACUCGUCUUCAUCGUCCGCUCCAGAUGCUGGAGAGAGUCCGGAAGAGGAGGUCGAUGCUUCCAGCCAAGGUGCAUUUCCGGCAGGCGCUCAAUCAAAGGUCGCGCGUAAGAAGCUCAUCAAGCUUGGCCUGCCAAACGCAACGCUUCUCAUGAUCACUGCCUGGCUGUACACUGAGAAGCCUCCGGCUCUUGACAAUACUGCAACUUUGGAGGAAAUAAUUGAGCUAUAUGCUGCUUCGCAAAUGGUACUGUGGUCCCGCUUGCUCCUCGCCGCGUGCCGACACUCUUCCAGCUCCACCUUCCACGCCUGGAAGAGCAGAUCAUUGAGAGACUGAAAGAGCGUAAAUUCAAAAUGCACGGGCGUCAGCUGUUCAAGGUGCUGCGCUCGGAAGCGCUGGCA